CAGGUAAAGAGAGAGCGUAUUGAUUCUUUUCGAGUUGAAGUUUGGGAAGAAUGGAAGACAGCUACAAGUAUAAAGCAACGGUUAGUUUAUUUUACCCAACAGUCGAACAUGAAUGACAAGACUGUUUAUACCACAACAACCACUACCAUGACAACAACA